AUGGCCGAGCAAGACAUCAAGACCGCCUUCCAAGCAGCCCUCGAUGCUGGCAAGAUAAACGGUGCUAUCAUAUGCGCUACAGAUGCGAAAGGCGACUUUGUCUACCAAAAGGCACUCGGUCAACGCACCCUGCUAUCCGGCGAGAAGAAGGAUUUACAACUCGACGAUGUUCUCUUCCUCGCAUCCGCCACAAAACUAAUCACGACAAUCGCCGCGCUCCAAUGCGUCGAAGCUGGGAAACUGUCCCUAAAAGGCGACCUCUUAAAGAUUGCACCAGAGCUUGCCGCAAAGAAGGUCCUCACGGGAUUUUCAGAGGACGGCAAGACACCGGUGUUGGAACUACAGAAGACCCCAAUGAAUCUAGAGAUGCUUCUCACGCACAGCAAUGGAAUGGCAUAUUCUUUCAUGCACCCGCUCAUAGGCCAAUGGCUCGCGCUCCCAGAGAACUCAAGUGACAGCUCGAACAAGACCGUGGAAGACCAUUUCGACUACCCUCUCACCUUCCAGCCUGGAAGCGGUUGGAUGUAUGGCCCGGGACUAGAUUAUGCCGGUCGUAUAAUCGAGCGUGUAGCGGGCAAAACUCUCGGAGAAUACUUCCAAGAGAGGAUCUUGUCUCCCUUGGGCAUCAAAGAUGCUCAAUUCACCCCGGUGACACGAGAAGAUCUUCGCGCGAGGCUCGUAGACUUGAAUCCCGAUGAUUCAGAAGGCUUGGGUGCGGCAGUUCUCGGCGGGAGCGCCGACAUCAACAAAAACACCAAAGGCGAUUUUGGAGGCCAAGGUCUGUUCAUGCCGGGUCCCGACUAUAUGAAAAUUCUCCAUUCCCUACUUGCCAAUGAUGGGAAGCUUUUGAAGACUUCCACCGUCAACGACAUGUUUGAGCAUCACCUCACUCCAGAAGCUACCGCUGUGCACCAGGAAGCUCUCGCUGGGCCACUUGGCUUCAUGUUCCGCAAUGGAGUCGCUCCGGGGACGAAGACGGGGCACGGGCURGGUGGCGUGCUCACACGUCAGGAUGCUGAAGGGUGGUAUGGUGAUCGUACGCUGUCCUGGGGAGGCGGUAUGACUUUGACGUGGUUCAUUGAUCGUAAGAACGACAUUUGUGGUCUUGGUGCCAUUCAGACCGCGCUCCCAAUGGACGCAGAAACCAUUGAUAGUCUGAAGCAUAUCUUCAGACGUGACAUCUACAAGGUACGCGCGAGGAGCGGCGACAAACCAGAGUAG